AAUAAGGUCAAAAGCGGCGUUUUGAACUACAGUAUGUUGCUACUCUUCAUAUUAUUAUAGUCUAGAAACACUAUCUCAAGUUUUUUUUAGAUGAGGAAUAAUAGUGAAUGGUGUGAAGUUUUUUAUAGUCUGUUGAUUCUCGCUCUGACCGCGAUGCAGUUGCUGACAUCGGUGAUGUUAAAUCCCGGGAUUUAACAUAUGUUAAAUUAACAAUAUUGUUAAUUUGACAUGGCAUAGUGAUGCAGUGUUAUUUACUGGAUGAUACCUCGAGCAGAGAGUAUUACUCAUUUAUAAUAUCAGAUUCGUAUAUGAGUAUAAACAGUAAACUGCUCGAAACGUCAUCCAGUAAAUAACAAUAUGCUAUAUCAGAUUAACAAUCUAUUAUGGAGUUAUGCUCCACCACGGUGUCCAAGUUUUACUCUUACAUCUAAAGCUUAGACAUUAGCACUAACCUAUAUCUUCAUAUUGUUAAUUUUCUAAGGUUGUAGGAAACAGGCUAUGAUAAUGCUUGUCUGUGAUCGAUUGGGAGACGAGAACGUCAAGACAGCAAUGCUCAUCCUGAGGAAACCUGGCGUGAUAAUGCUAAGUCUCCUGUAAAAAUGGGGGUGAAGGCACUAUGUAACCUACUCCCGAAGGUUGGAAAACAUCACUGGAUUCCCGCGACAUCAUCCAGGCUAACUGGUGUGAAAGGACUGAUUUCAGCUGGCUCUGACCACGACGAAGAACGAAAGCAACUUAUGCGUAAGUUGACCAGGAGUCUCCGCGUCGACCGUGAGCAGUGAUGGAGGGCGAAAGCAAGAGGUAGAGAAGGCACUAGCACUAUGUAAUACCCGGUGACUCUAGGUUUAUGAAGCAUACCGACAAGAUGAUGGUUAGUGAAACCAUCACGAAAAAGGAUGGGGCCCCGAUAAUCUCAGAACAGACGGCUAGAACGUUGAGUGGGACACUGCAGCACAGUUCAACUGGUCCACAGCAACGCUCCAGUUCCCCAGUAUCCAGCCCGAACAUAAAUUAGACGUGCAUUUCGGUCCUCCAACUCUCGUCGAAGUUAAGAAGGCUGUGUCGAACCUGGAACGGGCAGAGCAGCACGACUUGGCAGUUCGCUACAUGGUGUUUUCAGUGAGAGCGAAUUGGUGAUUACAGUAACGAAGGUACUAAGUAAUAUGUAGGAAUCAGAGGUAGUCCCAUCAUCUUCACUGAACGUUCCAAUCUGUAAGAAGGGAGACAAAUCUCGUUAAAACAAUAUAGGAAUCAUCUUGACUAACAUUGUGUCACCUUCCAUUAUGACUACAUGUGAACAUUUUGCUUUCUGUAGCAAAGUUGAUAGCUUUUUAUAGAAUUCAUCCUUUGCAUCCUCCGAAGUGCAUACGGUAGGUACUUAGUCCAUUGCCUAGUUUAACGACCUCUCGUAGUCAUUACAGAUCCAUUUAGUUGAACAGAACAUAGACUGCUGUUUACUGGUACUCAGUCGAGAAGCGUACUUUCUGCCCUCCAGCUCAAUGCUAUGCCUACACUGACGAGUCCAUGUGAGCUAACCACUGGGUCUCCGGAUACUUUUAAAGUGAAUUUCAAAGACACCACACUGGUCAGGUGCAGUCAAUUUAAUUACCACGCUUGAGUCCCUUAUACGUGACUCCAAGACAGCAUACAUCCAUGGCUGGAAAUCCCAGAGUUUUGGGGAGCGAUGCUUGGUUCUACUUUGGCGAAGAGUUCGGACUUUGAAAGCGCUUCUGUGAGAUCUACGGCAGGGUCUCGGGAGACUAGGAAUGAGAUAUUGUUGGCAUUGGUUUCAGAGUGAGAGGUUGGGUGCGGCGUAAUAUUAGUAUUAGAGUGUGGAGGUAAAGGAGACAGAGUUAUGAAAAUAGGCUGUUUGGUUGUGUCUUGUGUGCUACUGCGUGCUGGCCGUUUACACUUAAGGAGGUCUCCCUCGUCACCUGACAUCACAAGGAUUGUUCUCUUCACUAGAGAAUCCUUGGUAGACCUAGAAUUCUCAGAUGUCAUAGUCUUGCUAGGUGAAGAUGUUGGCAAAGUGCAGAGUCCUGUGGACAUCUUGAGUAGCGAUUUGGGAAUGUUUGUGAUACGUUUCUCACCACAUGAAUGUAAACUGUUGUUCAAAGACUGGUGUGUAUGUGUGUAUGUGUCUCGUGUAAUGCUUGAGCGCAUUGACCACUUCACUUAUUUGUGACGUCAUAUCAACCGUUUGAGUCAGUGGUCGACGAAAUCUCUGUAUGGACAGCACGGGCUCUCUUAGUUUUUGCCAGCCUACACCUAUGGCGCCGGAGUGGUAUCCGAUUGCCUACUAAGGAGGAUGAAGAGCACUGCACUGCAGUUUGCUUUGUUCUUCUCUAUAGCUGUUAAGCUGAACCAAUAAAGGUGAGGGGGGAUGGAAAGGCAUUGGUUGUUCGAUCACCAUUCCCUUUGUAGCAUAGUUCGUGUGUUGGUUAACUACCAGGUCAGUAAGGCAUAAGCUAGGGGGGGGGAGAGGUGAGUCAGUUGAUGAGAUUGUGAAGCUUCAUUGACUCCGUUGGGUGGGAAAUGUGUUGUACAUGCCUAGUCACUGUCUACUCCAUCGUGCAAUAUUGGGUGAAGUAGGUUUAGACUAGAAAAGGGUUAGAGGCGACCAGACUAAAUGACGGCAUCAGUUCACUAUGUCUGAGUCAUGUAGGGAAAUGUAGAGUUAUUGGUUGGGGUUCGAGUGAUAACAUAAACCAUUGGUUGGAAACUAUAGGUAACGUGUCCCAAAAUCGAUGCCAGUGACGCAGGCGUACCCACUCGUUAUUCUCAUCUUAAUUAUCAUAUUAAAUCCAGUAUCUUCCCAUUCUUGCUUGUUAUCUUAUCAUGGCUCUCUACCACAUCGACUGUUUUCUCCGCUGCAUUGCAUUUCAUCUUGUCUUUUUCGCUGAAUGUACUGUUAUGAGGUGUGACAAUGUUGGCCGUUACGCAUUAAUACACGGUCGUAUAUUGAUCUUGUCUGUGUCUGGACAUUGAUUCGCAAUGUACCGCCCAUUUCCCACUUCUCGAAACGUCUCGGUGGUAAGUUGUUUCAAAUUUCACUUAUAUGUAUCCUACUGUCUAUUUGAUUUGUUACAACAUAUAAGACUUAAUAUCAGUCACCUGUGUAAUAUUACCUUCCGUAUACACAUGUUUCUUUGACGUCAUUAAUUUCAUGACUCCUUCCUAUUCACUUAAGCUUUUUUUUUAGAUUACUGUUACGGAAUCUGCUACAAUUUUUUUCGAUUUUUUUUCAUUAACCUUAGCCAAAUGGAUCAGACUGUGGAUCAUUCGCUUAUAGAAAGCGAACGGGAAUAUGUGGAAUUUCUUGAUGAAACGGAUGAAUACAAGGAUCGUAUCAGUUCCCUUAUUACUCGCGAUGCCAUUCGCUUAAUGAUCAACAUCAAUGAUUUACGUCGGCAGAAUUCUGAAAGAGCUAACAAACUACUAAGUAAUACUUGCUCGGAGAUAGUCGCUUGUCAGAGAGCAAUUAAAAAGUGUAUCCAAAAUGCGAACCCAGAUUUCGCCAAGACGAAGCACGAAUUUUUUGUUGGCUUUGAAGGAAGUUUUGGCUCUCGUCACGUAACACCUCGUACUCUAAGUUCCAAAUAUCUAGGAAAUAUGGUGUGUUUAGAGGGCAUAGUGACAAAGGCGUCACUUAUUCGACCCAAAGUUGUGUGUAGCGUACACUAUUGUCCAGCUACAAAAAAAACUGUUGAACGUCGAUAUGCUGAUCUAUCAAGUCUUGAGCCGUAUCCUUCAGCAGGUGCAUAUCCGACCAAAGACGAUGAGGGAAAUUUAUUAGAAACUGAAUAUGGACUAUCAGUUUACAGUGAUCAUCAAACAGUCACAAUACAGGAAAUGCCGGAGACUGCACCCGCUGGUCAGUUACCUCGUUCUGUCGAUGCAUUAUUAGACAAUGACUUAGUUGAUGCUGUUCAGCCUGGUGAUCGUGUACAGAUCGUUGGUUAUUAUCGUUGCUUACCAGGGAAGAAAAAUGGUUUUACCACUGCCAGCUUCCGUACUGUAAUUAUUGCGAAUAAUGUGCAAUCACUCAGCAAGGAAACUGGUCCAAACUUUUCAGAGAAAGACAUCAGUAUGAUGCGAUUAAUAUCGAAGCGUAAUGAUGUUGUAAAUCUUCUGAGUCGUUCCAUUGCACCAUCAAUCUAUGGUCAUGAACACAUCAAGCAGGCAAUUCUUUUACUACUUUUGGGAGGUGUUGAACGUCAACUUUCUAAUGGUUCCCGUAUUCGUGGUGACAUAAACCUUUUGUUAAUGGGAGACCCGUCAGUUGCGAAAUCCCAAUUUCUUCGCUUCGUUCUGCAUAUUGCACAUCGUGCUAUUGCCACCACUGGUCGGGGUUCGUCGGGUGUGGGUUUAACUGCUGCAGUUACGACUGAUAUGGAAACAGGCGAACGUUCCCUCGAGGCUGGUGCCAUGGUAUUGGCUGAUCGAGGUAUUGUUUGCAUUGAUGAGUUCGAUAAAAUGUCUGACAUUGAUCGAACUGCCAUUCACGAAGUAAUGGAACAAGGACGGGUGACUAUUUCUAAAGCUGGUAUCCAGGCUAAGUUGAAUGCAAGGUGUUCAGUUUUAGCAGCUGCAAAUCCUGUCUACGGUAAAUACGAUCAGUACAAAACACCAAUGGAAAAUAUUGGUCUUCAAGACUCUCUCUUGUCUCGUUUCGAUUUACUGUUCAUUGUACUGGAUAAAGCCGAUCCAGACUCUGAUCGUUCCAUCGCUGAACACGUUCUUAGAAUCCAUCGCUAUAGAGGACCAGGGGAACAAGAAGGAGAAGCCUUGCCGUUGCAAUCUACUACCCAUUUGCUUACCACCGGAGCCGACCCACUUGCUGCCGUGUCACAAGAUGAUCACGAUGAAGAUGUUGUAACUGAUGGUUCUCGUACACAGGAAGAGGAUCAGGUAUAUGAACAACAAGAUGAGUUUCUGUUGCCAUCUAGUGGCCGAAAAAAGGACCAACUUACUAUGAAAUUCCUACAAAAGUACAUUCACGUAGCUCGACAACUGAAGCCGCAGUUAACUGAAGAAGCAGCAUCUAUUCUAGCUGAAAAAUAUUGUGACCUAAGAGCCCAAGAAGCAACCGAAGGCAUUGGUCGACCUGGUCGUGGUGAUCAAAAUCGUAUGCGUCGUACUCAACCGAUAACAGCACGUAGCUUAGAAACCUUAAUUCGUCUGGCCACUGCUCAUGCCAAAGCUCGUAUGUCUAAAACCGUGACCAAAAAGGAUGCUGAGGCUGCCGUACAACUAAUAUCAUUUGUUUUGUUCAAAGAGGUGCUGAAGAAAGUUCAACGUAAACGUGAUCGUAAUGCAGGUGAUGACAAAGACUCGGGUGAUGAAAGUGAUGAUAUGAAUGACUCGGAACGCGUUAUGCCUGAACGUCCCGCAAAACGAAGACCUGGUGCCAGGGAAAGCGAAUACACUCCUGAUCCAAACGAUCCGUAUGCGUUUGUAGAAGAUCCUACCUUAGUCAGAACUGAACCUCUAGCAGAGACUGUCCCCAUUUCUUCUGUUUUACAUCAAGAACGCAAAGCGCAGCUGUCAACAAUGAUCAGUAGACUGUUUCAAGAACGUCGUGUGGAACAGUUGACAGUAUCUGAGAUAACUAGUGCAGUUCGAUCUCAAAGCAGUGGAUUUAGCCAGUCAGAUAUUCGAACCACCCUAGAAUCUAUGCAUACCGAUAAUCGUAUAAUGCUUGCUGGGGAUGAUGUUUGGCUUAUUUAAUCUAAAGAUGUAUGUGUACUUCCCUAGAGAUUCUCGUGUACUAUAUUAACACUUAUAGAUUUCAUAUAAAUAGAUUUCUGUUCCUUUUAUUAUUUUUAUGGAUAAUUAAAUAAAACCUGUUCUACGUGU